CGGGGGAAGUUGUAGGAUACGAAACAUUCUGGCAUGGGGAGAGACAAAUGGUGUGGGCCAAGAGUUAUGUUCUUCCAUACUUUAUCACAAAUGGAAAUGUACACUUCUUAAAAGUAUUGUUUCAACAGAGAAUGAUUUGAAGAGCUCGAACACAAAGGCGACGAACAAUCCCAUUCCUGCAUUUACUAAACAGAGUAGUGUUUUUGAAGAGGGGAGGAAGUUGCUCUCCCUCACUCUAGUUUCCUGCGCAAAGGGAGCAGUGUUCGCUCGUGCACCAUAGUACUGUAGUAAAAGAUGUAAAGAUGGCGGAGCUACAAAUGCUUUUGGAGGAAGAAAUUCCAGCGGGUCGAAGAGCUUUACUUGAUAGUUUCACAAAUCUCGAAAGGGUUGCUGAAUACUGCGAAAGCAAUUAUGUUCAGUGUCCAGACAAGCAGCGUGCCCUGGAGGAGACCAAGAACUACACCACCCAGUCUCUGGCCAGCGUGGCCUACCUGAUCAACACUCUAGCCAACAACGUGCUGCAGAUGCUGGACAUCCAGGCCUCGCAGCUCCGACGCAUGGAGUCCUCCAUCAACCACAUCUCACAGACGGUGGAUAUUCAUAAAGAGAAGGUGGCGAGGCGGGAGAUUGGUAUCCUGACUACCAAUAAGAACACUGCCCGCACCCACAAAAUCAUUGCGCCAGCCAAUCCGGAGAGACCAGUGCGCUACAUACGCAAGCCUAUUGACUACAAUGUUCUGGACGACACCGGCCAUGGAGUCAAGUGGUUACUAAGGUUCAAGGUCAGCAGUCAGAACAUGAAGAUGGGCGGGGCUCUCCCUCGCACCACCCCUCCCACUCAGAAGCCCCCCAGCCCCCCUAUGGCGGGCAAGGGCACCUUAGGGAGACACUCCCCCUACAGGACGCUGGAGCCAGUGCGCCCGCCUGUCGUCCCUAACGACUACGUUCCCAGCCCCACGCGCAACAUGGCUGUUGCCCAGCAACCCAGCCCCGCACGCACGGCCACCCUUAACCAGAGGACUCGCACGUACAGCAGUGGAAGCAGUGGGGGCAGCCACCCCAGCAGCAGUCGAAGCAGCAGUCGAGAGAACAGCGGGAGUGGCAGCGUGGGGGUGCCCAUCGCCGUGCCGACGCCCUCGCCACCCGGAGCCUUCCCAGGUGGCAUGGUUCCCCAGUUCUACAGCAUGAACCGACCUGUCCCCAGACAGACCUCCCCCCCAGUGGGGGGGUCUCUGCCCUAUCGCCGGCCCCCCUCAGUGACAGGCCAGCCCAUCCUCCCUCAGAGCCAGGUCCAGAGCCCCAGCCAGCCCAACGGAGGGCCUUACUACAACCAGAGCCCAGGCUCGGUGGCCCCCCCGCCCCCUUCCAUCCUGCAGAUCACCCCCCAGCUCCCUCUGAUGGGCUUCGUGGCUCGGGUUCAGGAGACCAUCUCCGACGCGCCCCCUCCGCCCCCCCCAGCAGAGGAGCCGGUGUUUGAGGAGGUGGAGCCCCUGCCCCCUCCAGAGGGCUACGAGGAGGAGGACUCAGCCAUGGUGGAGUACAGCGACCCCUAUGCUGAGGAGGACCCCCCCUGGGCCCCACGCACCUACCUGGAGAAAGUGGUGGCCAUCUACGACUACGCCCGGGACAAGGAGGACGAGCUGUCCUUCCAGGAGGGCGCCAUCAUCUACGUGAUCAAGAAGAACGACGACGGCUGGUACGAGGGCACGAUGAACAACACCACCGGCCUGUUCCCUGGCAACUACGUCGAGUCCAUCAUGCACUAUGCAGAGUGAAGCCCCGCCCCUGUCUCCUCCCCCCAGGCUCCCUCCCACAGCCUUGUGGUGUGGUAGAUGGACUUGGCGUCAAUGGGAUUGAUGUGAAUUGUGUACAUGCAUGGGGGGGGGGGGGGGGACGACGACGCUGCAGAAGGACUCUUGAAUUGGUGGGAACAACAAGAGGAGAAGAAGAGACAAGACCCUGUUGCUGUGGUUUCCUGUCACCACUGAAGGUGACAUGGUGGUACAGAACUACACUAUUAAAAGUCAAAAAACAUGUCCUAAAAACUACAAUAACAAUCAUUUGUGUAAGCCCAGAUGACGGACCCGGUUGUAGCGCUGUGUUUCCUGUGUUGUGAGCGUGCUGCUGACGGGUCGUGCUGAUGGUCCUCCUGUCCUGACUAAAGCUGGUCUCUCUGGUCACACUUUCAACUAUUCUGUUCUUUGAUUCUGGCCUGAAGUCAUGUGGGGAGGGGAGGGCUCCUCAGAGCCCUGUGCUGUUGGUUUCUCGUUCUGUAGGACAGACACUACGAUUACCGACACACUACAACACGGUGUCUGCAGUAGCCUUCCCGCUGCCCACCAACCUUCAGCAGUUCAGCCCAAACGUAUUGAACUGUUCAGGUUAUAUGACUCUUAACCAUUUAUUAUAGUACAUUUUUUGGUAUGUGUCUUUUUCUUUUCUCACUGGCUCUGAAUAUUCUGUACUAGUGGACCUAACCAGAUUGCCUAGUGGACUAUGAAGAUGUUGUAUACUGUAUGUAUGUGCUUCUUUGACUGCAUGCUCUCUAAAACAGACCUACCGGUUUAUUUUUCUUUUGCUUUAAUUUCACCAACUUGCUUUACUAAACGUUUUACCAUCUAGAGAAGAUGUUGUUUUUAUAAGUGGUUAUUGGUUGUUAUAUCAUUUUAAUACAGUUUCACUCGAACUCUCA